AUGCUCAUCCCGACUCUAGUUAAAAUCUUUUCUUUGUCUGCAGUAGCUUCUGCAUCGUCGACAUCCCCCGAUAGGUUGAAAUCCAGCUGUACAAACCCGCCUGUUCGGAAGGAAUGGCAAACUCUGUCAGCAGAAGACCAGGCCGGAUACAUUGACGCUGUCCACUGUCUCGCUACGAAACCAUCGCUUGUCGCUAGUCUGAACACAACACUAUUUGAUGACUUUCCUCGAAUCCAUUACGCCAUGGACAGGCAGAUUCACUUUGUUGCGUCUUUUCUUCCUUGGCACCGUUGGUUCGUUCAUGUGUACGAGUCAGCCUUGAAAGACUGUGGUUACAAGGGUGUCGCAACUUACUGGGACUGGACUAAACAUUCAUCUGAUCCCACAAAUGAUCCCAUGUGGAGUCCAGUUACCGGAUUCGGAGGUAAUGGAAGCCCGGAUCAUCAACAGAAGAUCGGGCGCUGGAACUACUCUUGUGUAGUAGACGGUCCAUUUAAAGAUCUUCGUCCGUCAUACUUGCAGUCCGAUUACGCACCGCAUUGUCUCACUAGAGAUUUCAACAAUGGAACAGACUACUACCCCGGGAACAUGUUUGGACCAAGCCGCAGUCCCGAAAAGAUCGCAGAGAUUAAUGCCUAUACCAAAUACACUGACUUCCAUCCAAACCUUGAGAACAUCCCACAUGGCUCUGUUCAUUCCUCUGUUGGAGGUGAUAUGAGCCCAGCUACCUCGCCCAAUGAUCCGCUCUUUUUCCUACACCAUACACAAAUCGACCGUCUUUGGUGGUUGUGGCAGCAAGAGAAACCCGAGGAGCGCAACUUCAUGUUUGGCGGUAUCAGGACCGAGGACCAGAACGAUGGCGUCGUUCCUCCGCAAGCGACACUUGACGACGUCAUGACCAUGAGGGAGCUAGCAGAGGAUGUUAAGGUACGGGAUGUUAUGACUACGGACACUGAUCUGCUAUGCUACAGAUACUAA